AUGAUAACGUGGGCAGUGAUUCAACAUGCGCGGUCGGGCGACGACAGGGCGACCAGUCGCUUGGCUGCGCAGCACGUCCAAAUCCCCAACUCCACAGCAACCGACAGCGUACUCGAGCUUGAGGUACCACGCAAUCCCGCCCUCUCGACGAUUUAUUAUUUAAGUUCAAGCAGGUCAUCGUGCGCGCGCGAACCUGGAUUCGAGCCCGCUCGACCGCCGACAGCCUUGCAGCACGUUGACACGGCCCUGUGCCCCGGACAAAGCCAAGGAAGGGCAUGGAGCUCAGGCGCUCGAGCGAGUCGGGUCGUGGGCUUUGGUCAUGAAAUGUUUCACAAUGAUCGCAUCGACUCUACGCGCCGGCGUCAUGCUGUUAAGGUCGAGGACCACGCGAGAAUGGCCCUUGAGCGCCAUCCUCGGGAGCACAAAGCCUACCGGGUGCAGACCGAGCUCGUCAACACCUUGUUCCAUUGGGUCUGGGCGGCGUUAAGCCUUCCCUUUGGAGCCACUGACGUGAACUAA